AAGGGUGGGGCCUUGUUCAUACCCCCAAUGAGUCACUGACUGCAGUUUCGUAUGUGAUUGGCUUAUCUCUUACUUCUCAGUUUUCAGUUUUGAUAGAAGUCGGAAUUUGCCAACCACUGCUUUGGUUCAGUUGUGUUGUGUUGUGUUGUGUCUGCAACUAAAGUAAUCCACUAUUCUUGUAAUCCAAUUACCAUUACCAACCUCAAAAUCUAUAGUGAAAACCUUAAAACAUGGUAAUAUGGGUAUUUGGGUACGGUUCCUUGAUCUGGAAAGCUGGGUUUCACUUUGAUGAGCGUGUUGUUGGUUUCAUCAAGGGCUAUCGACGUGUCUUCUAUCAAGGUUCCACUGACCACAGAGGAACCCCUGAGUUCCCAGGGAGAACAGUGACAUUGGAGCCUGCUGAAGGAGAAAUAUGUUGGGGAGUUGCUUACAAGGUCUCAAAGAAAGAAGAUGAAGAAACUGCAUUAACGCAUUUGGAAGUGAGGGAGAAGCAAUAUGACAAGAAGGAAUACCUAGAUUUUUUCACUGAGGUUACUGCCACAACUCCAGCCGUUUCUGGAGUGAUGGUAUAUGUAGCAUCUCCAGACAAGAAAGUUAACAUAAAUUAUUUGGGCCCUGCAUCGGUUGAAGAGAUUGCGAGGCAAAUAAUUCACGCUGAAGGACCCACAGGACCUAACAGAGAUUAUCUUUUCCAACUUGAAAAGGCUCUUCUUGAAAUAGGGUGCCAAGACAAGCAUGUCAUUGAUCUUGCAAAUGAAGUCAGGCAUAUUCUUUCGGAGAAACAGUGAAUCAGCACUACAUUAUGAGACUUUGAGCAGCUCUUUAUUUGAAUCCGUUGGAACCUUCAAUUCUUUCAAACAUGUUAAUGGGAGAUGAUAUCCAGCUCUAGUUAUGCUUAUAAUCUUCUCCUGUAGGCUUAUAUGGGCAACUAAAUAGAAGUGGAACAGUUGCAAUAGUAGAGCCCAAUUACAAUGCAUAUAGCACAAUGUUUUUAUGUAUCUUUACUUAAUAUAUUAUAAAAGCAUGAUUAUCUACACGCCACUUCGCUUCUUUCUGCCC